AUGCCAUUGAUUCAAAAUAUUUAUUUUAAAGUGAGAAACUCACAGACUUUAUUUCAACAGGUUGAGGGAUGGGGGAGAUCUCCUCUUGCUUUAUUCCUUCAAGCACAAAGGAAUGGGAAGAGGAUUAAGCAAAACAUCUUAGACUCUCACUGCGUCCUGUGUGCCGAGCUGAAUCUCCCCAUCUACUGUACAGCUGGAAGUGCUCCCAAACCUUGCUAUGACAUUUCAGAGGAAAACUACAGAAAGACUGCCAAAACAUCUCUGGAUAUUGUCAAGAAAACUCACAAUACCCCUUCCUCUGCCUCCUCAGAUGAAAUGCACUCGCUUCAGCAAAAGAAGUCAUUAGUCAACAAAUUGCCAUCUGGAGAUGAACAACGUGCACAUGACAAAUCUCUUUCAGUUUGCUAUUACCAUACAGCUCCAUGUUUAGUGCUGAAGGAAAAGGGAGUUGGUCAGGGAGCUCUUAGUAUUAACAGCUUCAGUGUGUUGCCACCAGUCAAAGAGUCGAGAAAUCUGAGGAGCUCCAAUCUUUUUAAAAGGAUGGCGCCGACAGACUGGUGCCCAGCAGAGGAAGGAGUCACUGAGGCCAUGACACCUGGUGCCACAGGUGCUGUCACAGCUGGUGAAAGAGUGGGUGUCAACGGUGAAAUCGGCUAUCAGGGGUCUCCCACCUCAAAGCAAUGGCUGGGUCAUUACGGCAGUCACUUGCCGUCUACUUUUAAGAUCGCUUUGAACAAGAAGUUUGAGCGGUCCUCCUGCACUGUAGCUGAUACAUUACCCCAGACUAGCUACUCCCUGGGACCUAACCUCAGGCAGGAUGAGCUGGCACGGCCUUCCCCAAGGAACAACACCAGUUAUGGAUUGUAUUCUGGACACAAAGUGAGGAGUCAAGGAAGACCUGAAUUUCAGCAUUUAAUGCUGACUGGAACGAGACUUCCCAUAGCUGUGUGUAGUCAACGAAUAUUAUAAAUGUUAUCACUCUCUGUAUACUUUCAGCUCAUUGCUUUGUUGGUUGAGCAAAGAGAGACAAAAAGAAGUAUUGUGAUUGUGAAUAGUUUUGUUUUGGGUUCCCUUGCCUUACUCUACCUUCAUCCCUUACAGAACGUACCAAGAUUUUAUUACAGUAAAUAUACUUCAACUGUGGUAUUUGUAGUAAUAUCCUAACCACAAAAUUUAACAUGGAUUUACUACAGUAACCAUCAUUAACCAUGAUAUUUGUGGUAUAGUAAUAAUACCAUAGUGAUAAUGCAGGAAAACCACAACUGCAGGGUAUUUGCAGGUUUUAUGGAGCUAGACUUUUUUAAGACCAACUAAAGGAAAUGUAAGUAAUAAAUUCAAGGGAACACAAUAUGUCAUCUCAUCAUUCUCUAAAUGUAAAUAGCUAGGGAGCACAAGAACAGUCAUAUAUGCUGUAUACAGUUCAAAGUUUAAAAAUGCAACUUAACAGAUCUCCAAUACUUUUUAAUUAAUUUUACAAAAAGUAACACAAUAAGGCUCAUACUUCUCUGCCUCUAACCACCAGAAUGUGGAAAUUACUUUUACCUUAUGAUCAGACCCAUUGUACCAGCUAUAUUCCUCUACAACACUGCUGUUUCACUUGAAUAGUGUUUAAACAACACCCAAAAAUAUACCUCAAAACUUUGGAAUAAAAUAUAAGUGAUCACCACCAAACAUGUAAAAACAAGAUUUUUGUUUCCCAAAUACAUUUUGGUAAUUAAAUCUAGAAGCUCAACAAAAGGAGCAUAUAUGAUUUUCUUUUCUUUUUUAUAAGUACCGCCCCAUGAUUCUGCAAUCUAAAUCCA